AUGGAAUGCCCCUGGCCUUCGAGCACGUCCCGCACGGAGGGCCGAUAUGAAAGGGGUGACAUGGGCCUUGCCGCCUUCGCGGUGCCUCACGACGACAGUUGUCCCUUCGAGACAGCUGUCAUCCCUCCCAGCUUCAUGGAGACCAUCCUCCCCUUGGGGAUAGCCACCACUCGGACCUUUGUCGGCUUUCCGACACGAGUCCAAAAACUCCUCGUCUCGUCGACUGCCACCUUCGCGGCGCGACGACUCUUCGUCAUCGCCUUCGUGCCCAACGGGGCAGAGGGAAACUUCUGCUUCUUUGAUGGCGAUCCACCUGCUGCAUCCCGGGACACCGAACUUCUCGGGCCCUCGGACUUUCCUUGCAUGGGCUGCAGCAGGCAGCGUGCAGCGACUGAGGCGCAGCCAAGUACUGAGCCGACGGAGUGUGAUCUGGAAAUGGGGCUGGCUCCGCCAACCCCCUCUGAUGCUGACCCCGAAGACGAAGCGGAAGAAAGUGAGUGUUGGGGCGAAAGCGAGGAGGAGUCGGAAGAUGAGGAUGAGGAAGAACCACGCGUCAGCAAUGACUGCCGGGACGGGUUGAUUCUGCAAGCCGCAACGAUGGGCUUGCGCAUUAGGCACUGCACCGCCCCAGAAGUUCAUGCUGAAGCAGGCCGUGUUGCCCUUGCCCGCUUGGACAAGAGCGGUGAGCAAGGGCAUGCGCUUGACGAAUCCGAUGCGGCCUCCCUCUUGGACCCGGAGGUCAUGGUUGCCGCCGUCAAAAUCAUUGGGGGCUUGAUGAUGUCCAAGAUAUGCCAUGGCAAAGGCCACCGGGGAAUGGCGUUUGCAGGUGUUCUGAUUUCUGGCCUUGGCGCUUUGCAGCGGAGCGGUGGGGGGCAGGCUGCUUGGUCGGCAGCACGGCGUGCCGCUCUUGCCGAAGGUGCCCAAUUUGUGCUACUGCAGCCUUUGGACAGUUGUGCGCGAAGGCUGACCCACCAGCGCUUGACGGCACAACUUUGCCAGAAGAUCACGGACAAUGGCGCUGACAUAGAAGUUGCUGAUCUCAUCGCGGUCCUUCAGGAGUGCGCGGUUGUGGUUGGAGCCCGGAUCCGGGCCUUCGACAGCGAGGUGCUAAACGCCCAGGUCGGGAGUCGGGAGGCAAACCCGGCGGGCUUGCUGAGCGCCCAGGCUUGGGACUGA